GGGAGAGAUUCCAGAUUCCAGGUGGAUCAUCUGUGCUUCUGUCCUUGGCAGUGGACCUUGCCUCUGGCUUGUCUCGCUCCCCCAGCUCCAUCUGAAUGAAGUCCAUCUCCUACAUUAUUCAAGCAUGUAGUUGUAGAGUUAGAUAAAGUAAUUGUUCUUCAAUAGUCCUGGUACAUUUCCGAUCCAUCCUGGGAGAGGAUCUCUCUUUCAUGUGGACUUCCCUGAGGUUUCUUUUUCCUUUUUUUUUUCUUUACCAAGAAGGAGAGUCUAAGGCCAAGAACCCCCAGUUUAGCUUAGUCUGUUGAGUUUAGAAAUCUGCUAUUGUUCAUAUUUUAUGACUGAUUUUGUGUUUUUGUACCAUGUGAACCUGUUGAGACAACUGCGUUGAGCUUUUUAAAUAAAAUUAAAUGAAACGUAUAGGAGAAUAGUCAAUAGUCCUGCCUCAAGAAAAAAUGAAAAAGGUGGAAGUGUUGAGGGGUAGUUUUUUUUAUUUUUUAUUAUUCCUCUAUGUUGAAUCUGCAGGUGGCGUUGUUUAGCCCUGAUCCUUGUCGAAAAGAGAUUCAUACUUAUGUGCGCGCGCAGAUGUAGCCCCCCUCCGCGCGCGCGGGCGCACACACACAAAGAGAGUGUGGAGAGAGAGCAUCAGCAUCUGCACAGUCCUGUCAGCGCAGAUUUCAUUGUCUCCAAGCCUAGAAAGGAGAGACCCGGGACAACUGUGAAAGCUCCCUCUGAGUGGUAUAAAUUGCGCUUUGGAAACGUCUGGCUCUCAUAAGCAUGACGCUCGGCUGAGAGAGGGGCUGCAGCAGCGUCCACUGAGCGACACCUGCACUUCUCCGUUCCCCUCUUUUGUCUCUCAUCUCUGCAGCCAGUAGCACCGAGGAAGAGGGAGGAGGAAGUGGCGGAGGAGCAGAGUCCCACACCAACAGCAGCACGUUGUCGGGUUGAGACAUCCCGGGGCGGCCACUGCGGGCGCGUCUGGAGUGCCCCGUUAACCGGAGCUUUGUUGUAGUUUGAACGGGACGUUCUCCGUCUGUCGCGCAUAAGCAGGACGAGGAGACCGGGAUCCUUUGAGAACUCCCACUUUUAGGAUUUUUUCCGUCCUUUUAAUUUUUGGAGGAAGGAACGGAUCAGGAGAUGCGCCUCCCGGUGCUCCUGUGCGUCGCGGUCAGUCUGUGCGCGGCAGCCAGCCCCGAGGAGAACAAGAGCUGCGCCGACCUGCGGCGCUUCUACACCGGCAAAGGGUUCACUCUGGAGGGGGUUCCUCAGACUGAAAUCUCAGGUGAACAGCUCAGGAUGUGUCCUCAGGGUCAAACCUGCUGUACCAGCAGCAUGGAGGAGAGGCUCGCUAACCUGAGUGCCAAAGAAACAGAGGGACAGAUCAGAAAGGCCGGCAGGUCCCUGCAGACGACUUUGAACACUCUGCGAACAAGCUUUCGCUCCUUCUUCACUGACCUGCAUGGCCUUUCUGAGGGCUCCCUGGAGCAGGUGUUGACUCCACUCGGCGCCCUGUACUCGCAGAACACCCGCCUGUACACAGAUCUCUACGCCGACCUCUAUCUGUACUACCAGGGCUCGUCUCUCAGCCUGGACGAGAGUCUGUCUGAUUUCUGGUCCCGCCUGCUGGAACGACAGUUCAAAAUCUCUGCCAACACAGAUGCCAGUCUAUCAGAGGAUUAUCUUGAAUGUGUUGCUAAGCAGCAGGAGACGCUGAGACCAUUCGGGGACGUCUCACGAGACAUGAAGGCCAAGGUGAUCCGGGCUUAUGUCACCGCGAGGUCGUUUGUCCAGGCGCUGUCAAUCAGCGAAGAAGUAGUCAAUAAGGUUCUAAAUCAGGUCUCUCUGGGUCCAGAGUGCUUGAAGGCUCUGAUGAAGUUGGUCUACUGCUCCCACUGCCAUGGCCUGUCUUCCGUCAAGCCCUGCUUCAACUACUGCUCCAACGUCAUGAAGGGUUGCUUGGCCAACCAGGCUGAUCUGAACCCAGAGUGGGAUAAUCUGAUAGACACAAUGAUUGAGGUGGUGUCCAGUUUCAGCGCAGAGCCCAGUCUGGAGGCCGUUCUCUCCUCCAUCCCGGCUCGAAUCUACGAGGCCGUGCACUACCUGCAGGAAAACAUGAACACCUUCACAAGCACAGUGUAUCGAACAUGUGGAAGUCUGGAAGAAUCUGGAAGAGGAAGUCCCGCCCUCCAUGAACAGAAGACGAAAAGCAGCCCGUUAACUGCACUGGAAUAUAAACCAUCGCAGACUGCUGAGCUCAGACUGAAGGCGCAGAUGGUGGAUCUCAUCAAACAACUUAAGGUCAUGCAUCAGUACUGGGUCAAACUGCCUGUGGAACUCUGCAAAAAAGUGGCAGCAGGAGAAAGCAAUCAGGACAAAUGUUGGAAUGGAAAUACUAAAGCCAGAUACCUUCCAGAGGUGAUGGGCGACGGCUUAGCCAAUCAAAUCAACAACCCUGAAGUGGAGCUGGACAUCACAAAACCUGACAUGAAUAUACGGCAGCAGAUCAUGCAGCUCAAAAUCAUGAGCAGCAAACUUAAAAACGCUCUGGACGGCAAUGAUGUGGACUUCCAGGAUGCAAGUGAUGACAUCAGCGGCUCAGGAAGCGGCGUGUGUUCAGGCGGUCUGUGCGCGCUCAGCAGGCCAGGACUGUACACCUUCACACCAGACAACAAACCAGUCGGUGGCUCGGCGCCUCAAAGGUCCGCUCUCAGCCUGCUCCUCCUCCUCCUCCUCUCACCGGUGACCGUCCUGCUGCUUCAGCGAUGAUGGGCUGCUGCCUCCUAUCAGGACUGAAGGGAAAAAGACUGGAACAUUACUUUGCCAAAAAUUUAUUUCUAAGACAUCUCAGCCAACUAAUGGACAUUCCCAUUGAUUAAGACGGGCGACUGCAAGUUUUGAUUUGAACGAGUUUGCUGAUGGAUUCUUUGGCUCCAACGAUGAGGCUGUCUGGGAAGACAGAGAUGAUGAUGAUGAUGAAGAUGAUGUCCUUUUAGCUGCAGCAGUGCAAUCAGCAGGUGCCCUUAUUUGUGACGUGUUUGAGGAUGUUUUUCUAU